UUAAUUUGCUCCAUUAUGUGGUUAAUUGGUCCAUUUGCCAUCAACCGCCAAAGUAAUACAAGCAUCACGACUCAACUCCGAAAUAAAAGGUUGAUAAUAGAAGGACAAAGGGCUUGAAAUAUAAUGGAAUUGAAAACGAAAUAUCUUGAAUUUGUCUGAAAGCAGAUUUGUGGCCGGUAAUGUUGACGUAAGAUAGUGUUUUUAGCUUUAUGUAGAUGCGAUUGCCUUGACAUUGCAGGGUUGAGGAGGCACGAUGUUGCUUGCUCUAGCAGAACGACUCAAUAGUUUUGUUUGCGUGAAGUUGGCCGAUUUGUUUGCAUCAAAUAUCUGAGCGUUGGUGACAGCUAAUCAUUCAGCGUUUGCAGAAAAUCUAAAGGAGCCUUGAUCGCGACGAGUUACUGAGUAUCGUUAGAUCUGCGUACUGGCUCCUCAACUAACCAAGAUGUCGACGAUAUUUCGACUAUUUUAUGUACUAGUGGUGACUUUAUCCUUGAAAACGGCCAAAAAUAAGAUCUUUGGAUAUCAAGAUAUCGAGUCUAAAGGAAUAGAGUUCAACUGCUCAGUUUCAGAGUUAAAUCACUUUAACACUUCACUAUUCAACAUCUUGUAUCCAGCAAAUAUCAGAACGUUCUAUCAGCAUUCGAUUCAAUAUUGGCCUCCAAAUGUUUCUCAAAAGAAGAAAAGUGUUACACCGACCCCACAUAAGAUGUCCGAUCUGUAUAACAAUACUGUACUCAAUCAAAGGACACGUAAACCACGAACUUGUACGAUUCUACGAACAGCAAUAACAAACAAUUUUUAUCCAGUUGAAGGGUUGCUGGUAUUCGUCAUUAAUUUAACUCACACUUUCGUGAGCUGGAAACGAGUCAAGGCACCCCCAGGGGCCAACAUCACAUACAAGACCUUUAUGAAUAAGGGCUCAGAUGGCAAUCAGAAUAUAGAGCUUGUGUGUCAUGGCAACAAAACCGGUUGUCUCUUUAAGAAAGAUAAGCUUCCAAUGAGCUUUGAUAUCUACGUCAAUGUACACGCGGUACAAGCACCAAGGUUACAAAUUAACGUCACUGCCGUCGGAUGGAACUUCAUUCAACUCGCCUGGAACUCGGUGUCCCGUUACUAUGGAAACGUGAAUUACUCGGUCCUGUUUUUGUCAAAYAACAGAGGUGAUAAAAUUAUGGCCAAUCAUGAGCAAGCAAAGUUGGAUGACCUUCAGCAGUAUACGACAUACUCUAUUCAAGUACAUGCUGUGAGGAAUGGUAAAGUCGUAGUGCUGUCUGACUGGACGUUUGUCAUAACCUCUGACUAUGAUGAAUGUAAGAACAACGACCACAACUGUGGACCUAAUGGUUGGUGCGUCAAUAACCAAGGAUCAUUCUUCUGUCAGACGUGUAAUAAAGGAUAUAAAAUAAAAGGAAACAACUGCGCGGAUUAUGAUGAGUGUAAGGAAAAUGAUCACAAGUGCGACGCCAAAGCAGAAUGUAUCAACACCGAGGGAUCGUACACGUGCAGGUGUAAUCAAGGCUACACAGGAGAUGGAUUCACAUGCACAAGGGUCCCAUCUCAAGAACUGAUCUCGAAGAAAUGUAGCAAAGAGAAGCAGAUGACAAGCUGGGAUGAUGAUGAUUUUAGCCACUGCGUCAAUAAAAAGAUAGCCAACUUAUAUGAUGAGCUCAAGGGAAACACCGCUGACCCUGUUGCUGUUGCUAAACAGCUGGCUCAGCUCAUCAACAUCGACCAAUCAGGACCUCUAUAUGCCAGUGAUUUAAAACUCGUUAUCAACACAUUAGAGAUCUUGUCAAGAGAGGAUGUACUAGAUCGACUGAGCGGUAGAGAAGAUCAUACUAAAGUCAAUGAUUAUGGAAUGUCUGUCCUGAAUAUAACAAAUGGAAUCCUUGACGAAAAACUAUUGCCAUUAUGGACACAAGUACCAGAGGGUUCAGCAGCUACACUCGCCAAUAAAGUGAUAGAAACAAACGAUCGAAUUGCGCUGCUUCUAUCAAAGAACAACACAAAAGAUGUCUACACAGAAAAGAAAAACAUUGUGUUGUCUGUAAGAGGAAUACCAGUGGACGGCGAUUUAACUGACCAGCUGUUACCACCCAGCAGUGGUAUGCGCGAAGGAAGUGUCCGUGUGCCCGCGUCAGUACUGAAACAUCAGAACUCCAGCAAAGGAAUGCGAUAUCUGUCGUUUKUAUCUUACAAGACACUCAAUGAAGUACUCCAAACUAAACUAGACGAUGAGUUUAACGUCUUGUCGCCUGUCAUAUCAGUCACACUCACACCUCUUUCCAAAAACGAGUUUGACCAGCCUGUAGUGAUAACCAUCAAGCAACCUAAGGAUGAUAUACCUGGAGAACCGACUUGCGGCUUCCUCAACGUCUCCAAAAGUGAUGAUAUAUCCUGGUCAACAGAAGGCUGUGAAGUGGGAUCAUCUAACGGCACACACGUUCAGUGUCUGUGCUAUCACCUGACCAGCUUUGCUGUUCUUAUGCAAGUAAAAGAUGUCGACGCUGAAGCAAUCGAGAAAGAGCAUCACUUUGCCCUGAGCAUUAUUUCAUACAUCGGUCUCUGUUCUUCAAUAGUCGCUUUAUUAGUCGUCUUUUUUACAUUCGCAUUCAUAAGGUUUCUCAAACUCCCUCGUCACUUCAUUCAUGCGAACCUUGCACUGUCAUUGGCUCUUGCUCACGGGACGUUCCUGUUUGGUAUCAACAGAACGGAAGCCAAGAUCUUGUGUAAAGCCGUAGCCAUUGCACUUCACUAUCUCUUCCUGGUGGCAUUCACAUGGAUGGCACUUGAAGGUGUUGUCUUGUACCUGAUGCUUGUCAAGGUCUUCCACAGCAGCAUGUCCAGUAAAAAGAUCAAGUUCAUCUUCUUCCUUUGUGGCUGGGGAAUCCCAGCUGUAAUUGUUUCUGUGUCAAGUGCUAUCUACCACGAAGGCUAUGGAACAGGAAACUUUUGCUGGCUGUCUCUGGACCGUGAGUUUGUCUGGGCAUUCGUUGCACCCGUUCUGGCAGUCAUCGCAUUUAAUUUCAUUUGUCUUGGUGGGACAUUCUACGUUAUGGCCAAACGUGGAAGCAACUGUAACGCAGAAAAUAAGGUGGACAAACUAAGGUACUGGACACGAUCAUGCUGUCUCCUGACGUGCAUCCUGGGAGUCACGUGGUUACUGGGUGUUUUCUUCGUCAAUAAACACAGUAUCUUCAUGGCGUAUCUCUUCAGUAUUCUCAACGCCUUUCAGGGACUGAUGAUAUUUCUACUGCAUUGUAUCGGAGAUCGAAAGAUUCGUGCUGCGUAUAUCAGCAUUCUAAGGUGUAAUCCAGAUCCUUACGGUUCAUCCAGUGGUGGAGCUAAACUUCUGUACAAACAAAGCCUGGCAAGUCGAUCAGGAUCGGCACGUGACCACCCAUCUGACGAAGGAACUGGUGAAGACCAAAAAUGUCCCGAAAAGCAGGAAAAGUCGUUAUUAAAAACACCUGGUGUUUUGAAGCAAACUGAGAUGAAAGGCGCGAAAAAAGAAACAAGUAAAUCAGUACGUAUAAAUGAAGAACCCGCCUCGAGACCUUACGCGUCUGCAUACGGAGAAAUCGCAAACCUCGAGUUGUCGCCUCUCAGCAAAACAGAAUCAUUUAAAGAAGCCUCGACACCCCUGAUCAGUGAAGCGAACCCUGAUACCUACCCUGACUCUACACAGAUGAAGUUACAUCCACAAUGGGUUUAACACUACGACCAACAUGAGUAAUAUAUUGAGAUAAUAAUCGAGUGAUUGGGGUAACAGGAUUUUAAGGUUCCCAGUCAAUCCCAUCAUUCCUAGCAAUCUCAUUCUAAGUGCCCACGUUGCCUUUGGUCUGCUAUAAUAUAGCAGACGAUAAACAUGUACUCUGACGAUUAGAUUUUGGUGUAGUUUGCUAAUAGGCCUAAUUCGCUGGAUGGGACCUCAAUCAAUCCCAUCAUUCCUAACAAUCAAAUACUUGGAGUCGGCGUUCGUUUUGUUCUACAUAAAAAUAGCGAAGUACUUAGAGGAAUUAUUAAUACUACCACUUUCUAAUUGGCUAUAAAGCAGAACACUAAAAUUGACCAAAAUAAACUGGCUAAAAUGGAACCGGAAAAAACCUUUGGUUUUAGAAGUCGACCACUGCCCGGAAAUAAACGAAGGCUCUUAUAA